AUGAUGAUCCGAAUUCUGCGUAAUUCUCAUGGACAUCCCUUCUUCAAAUCAAAACGAAAAUAUCUGGGAAAUGAUAUCAUUUUGAAUCAUGGUGGUGACGCCUCAACUGGUCACCACGGCCCAAAGGGGACUUUGACGUCUCCCAGGCUCGGCACCAACUUCAUGGCUGCCGCUCGGCCGCUCCCUCAAGCAAUUGAGGCGCGCCGUUCUUCCCUUGAUAUGUCGUUGACUCUUUCAAACGCUCAUCGUUCGUUUUGCAAAGCUUGCUCUUUAGCGAAAGUAGUAUCAAGACCGUCUUACGCUAAAGAUAACACUAAGAACAUUCCAUUUCUACAUCGUAUCCAAGGUGAUAUUUGUGGACCCAUCCAUCCUGAAUGUGGACCAUUUCGAUACUUUAUGGUCCUGGUGGAUGCUUCAACGCGUUGGACUCAUAUCGCGCUCUUGUCCACACGUAAUGCUGCAUUUCCAAAACUCCUAACACAAAUUAUUAAACUUCGGGCUCACCACCCGGAUUAUCCAAUUAAGUCAAUUCGACUGGAUAACGCUGGAGAAUUUACAUCAAAGACUUUUGAUGACUAUUGCAUGUCUAUCGGGAUUGAAGUCGAGCAUCCCCUACCCCAUGUUCACACGCAAAACGGUCUCGCCGAAGCUACGAUUAAGCGGCUUCAGCUUAUUUCUCGAGCGUUGGUAAUGCGCACCAACCUUCCAAUUGCGUCAUGGGGCUAUGCAAUAUUGCAUGCAGCCUUACUUAUUCGUUUCAGACCCACUGCCAAACAACCAUUCAGUGCGUACCAGUUGGUCACUGGAUAUGAGCCUGACAUUUCGCAUCUACGCAUUUUCGGUUGUUCGGUUUAUGUGCCAAUUACGCCUCCACAGCGUUCUAAAAUGGGUCCUCAGAGACGAUUGGGUAUCUACGUUGGUUAUGAAUCUCCAACGAUUAUCAGAUAUCUCGAGCCAUUAACAAGUGAUCUCUUUACCGCAAGGUUUACGGAUUGUCACUUUGAUGAGACACUCUUCCCAUCGUUAGAGGGAGAUACGCACAAACGUGUUCAUGUGGAACGACAAGAAUUGUCGUGGUUUGUCCCCACUCUGUCUCAUUAUGAUCCCCGCACCUCACAAUCUGAACGUGAAGUGAAACGUAUUCUCGAACUUCAGAAAGUAGCAGAUAAGAUGCCUGACUCUUUCUCCGAGAUUGCGAAAGUGACAAGAUCAAAUAUACCAGCUGCAAAUGUUCCUGCUAGGUUCGAAGUCCCUAGAAAGGGCACGGCCAUCCCCGGGCUCGGUACUGCCGCCGUCGGCGGCGCCGCCCAUGGUGGAGGGAUGGAGGCCGUGGCUCCCCAAAGGAAAAGGGGGAGGCCACCUGGUUCGGUUGACACGCGACCGAGAAAGAAACGGACCGACAAGGCACAAGUCAAUCCUUUGAUCAUCGAUGUUGAGAAUCUUUCUCACGAGAUCAUCUCUGAUUACAGUUAUGUCCACGAGUUGAUAUUAGAAUCCAUGGGGGACGCCUCAGGGUCAAUGUCAACAUCAGAGAAUAUAGAGAUCUCCAUGUGUUAUGAUAACACUUAUGAAUUGAUGAACCGGUCAUCAACCCAUGUCGAUGAUAUAUUUGCUUAUUCCGUGGCUCAUGAAAUCAUUGAGCACGAUGACAUCGAACCACGCUCUGUUGCAGAAUGCCAAAACAGAGCAGAUUGGCCUAAAUGGAAAGUUGCAAUCUAG